AAAAUCCGGAGGAAACGAAAGCUGAUUUGGAAAACGAAGUGAGACACAGGGAGAGAGACUAGGCGAGCCUUAUUAUCUCUUUUGAUGCAGAGAAAAGCUGUGAUUCCUCACUGAGAAUGAGCAGUCGAUGUGAAGAAGAUGGCUCUAAUGGCGGUGCAGACGAUGUUCGCGGGGAUGCGUUUUUCGUUCAGAAAGCGACUUAGUCUUGGGUCUUUGAUGGUUCGUUUUCUGUAAACGGAUCUUGAUUGGAUUUUAUUGGUGGAGACGGGAAUUCCCAAUUCGAAUUAACGAUUCUUCACUUCUUUCGGAGAAUCAGAGGUCUUUUCUUUUGGCUUUUGUCGUGGUAUUUUCCCUGCUUGUACUGUCGCGAUCCUCAUGAUUUUUUUUUUUUCGAACGAGCGGAGGAAAUGCUUAAAUCCCUUGAAAUACUCUGUUUCUGAAUAUCUUUGAGCUUAGAGUAUCUUAGAUUCUAGUAGCUCUGCUUUGUAUUAGGUCCUUUUGAGUCUGGAAGUCGUAGAAGAGUUCGUUUUUGAAGUUUUCGUUCCUAAAAUGUUAGAGUUUCUCCCAGAGUCAGACAGUGAGAUCGGUUUCGAAACUCUUAAUUCUAGUCAAAGCUCGAUGGGUAGCGAGAGUUGCAGUAGUUUUAGUCGUAUUUCAUUUGAUGUUCUUGAAAUCCCUUCGAAGACACCAUCUCAGUCCCCCGAGAAUCUCAACUUGAAGCCUCAUAGGUCUUCUGAUUCUGCUUGGGAAGCCAUACGGUUCGCUUCUUACGGCAGAAAAGAAGGGUUAAACUACAGAGAUUUCAAGCUUGUUCGUCGUAUUGGGAGCGGCGACCUUGGGAAAGUUUAUCUCUGCCGUCUCAGAGACCAAGGGAGCUGUUUUUACGCCAUGAAAGUGGUGGAUAAAGAAGCUCUGGCAUUGAAGAAAAAAAUUGAGAGGUCUGAGACUGAGAAGAGGAUUUUGAAGAUGUUGGAUCAUCCUUUCUUGCCGACCCUUUACGCUGAAUUCGAUGCUUCCCAUUACUCUUGCGUAGUAAUGGAGUAUUGCUCUGGUGGUGAUUUGCAUACUCUCAGACACAGACAGUCUGGGAAACGUUUCUCGUUGAGGUCUGCAAGGUUUUACGCGGCGGAGGUUCUAUUAGCCUUGGAGUACCUUCACAUGCUGGGAAUCAUCUACAGAGACCUAAAGCCCGAGAACGUGUUAAUCAGAUCGGACGGUCACAUCAUGCUAUCAGAUUUUGACCUCUCACUCUGCUCCGAUGCAAUUCCAGCCGUUGAAUCCCCUGACUCGUCUUCCUCCCCUGACCCCACCACCACUCUCUCAUCUUCGGCUGACCUCCCGUCAACCGGCCGUGCACGUAAAGUUUCCUCACUUUGGUGCCUUCCGAAAUGGCUCUUCCGGUCACGGAAGGUACGGACGGUGGCGACGACUAGGCAGUUCGUCGCCGAGCCGGUGACCGCCCGGUCAUGUUCCUUCGUUGGGACCCACGAGUAUGUCUCACCUGAGGUUGCUUCUGGUAAAUCACACGGUAACGCUGUUGACUGGUGGGCCCUGGGGAUCUUCAUCUACGAGCUUAUAUACGGCCGUACGCCUUUCUCGGGUGACAACAACGAGGCAACGCUGCGAAACAUAUUAAAAAAGCCCUUGGCUUUCCCAACGGGAUCACCGUCGAGUGGGUCAGAAAUGUACGCUCGAGAUCUCAUCUCGAGGUUGCUGGUCAAAGAUCCGGAUCAGAGGCUUGGUUCAAAAAGAGGGGCUGCUGAGGUGAAGACGCAUCCUUUCUUCAAGGAUAUUAACUUUGCUCUUGUCAGGUCGUCUAUGCCGCCGGAGAUCAAUGGUCUCCGGCGAUCUAAGACGACAUCGUCGUCGGAGUCGAUGACAUGUAAGACGGCUUUUGACUACUUUUGAAGUUAAGAGUUGGAAGGAAAGGGUUCGUGAGCCACGUGGCAUCAUCGUGGUCUGUAAAUUUGGCACUUGUUUUUCUUUUAUUUUUGGUUUCUAAAUAUCUAGUUAUUGAUAUAUAGGAAUAGGAUUGCCUGUAUCGGGCGAUAUCUGAUAUCUAACUGUAUCAAGGAAGUUUAGAUUCUACCAAAAAAAAAAAGUUGAGAUUAGUUUACAAA